CGGCGGCGGCCGGGGAGGCCCUGGAGGCCGCGGCGCGGUCACUGCGAGCCAAGCCGAACCGCGCCGAGCCGCGCCGAUCGCCCUCCGGCCCCGGCUCCCGCGCGCGAUCCCGGCCGGCGGUGCGGCCCGGAGCGGGGGCCCGGCGGCGCCGCAGCCCAUGGAGCUCGAGAACAUCGUAGCGAACACGGUGCUGCUCAAGGCCCGGGAAGGUGGUGGCGGGAAUCGCAAAGGCAAAAGCAAGAAAUGGCGGCAGAUGCUGCAGUUCCCCCACAUCAGCCAGUGUGAAGAGCUGCGUCUCAGCCUCGGCCCCAGCUCUGAAGCCCUCGGCCGGCCUGCACGUGAGCAAGAAGCAUACCUACGGCUGCUUCCUCCACCUGCCUGGGAAGGGGGCCCAGCCACGAGCUCACCGGAAGCCACAGCUUCCUCCUGUACUUUCGCCAGGCAGGGAGCAGAGCGUGACUAUCACAGCCUGUGUGAGCGGCAGCCCAUCGGGCGCCUGCUGUUCCGCGAGUUCUGUGAGACGAGGCCGGAGCUGACCCGCUGCAUUGCCUUCCUGGACGGGGUGGCCGAGUAUGAAGUGACCCCUGAUGAGAAGCGGAAGGCAUGUGGGCAGCGGCUGAUACAGAAUUUUCUGAGCCACACGGGUCCUGACCUCAUCCCCGAGGUCCCCAAGCAGCUGGUGACUAACUGCACCCAGCGGUUGGAGCAGGGGCCCUGCAAAGACCUCUUCCAAGAGCUCACCCGGCUGACCCAUGAGUACCUGAGUAUGGCGCCUUUCGCCGACUACCUCGACAGCAUCUACUUCAACCGUUUCCUGCAGUGGAAGUGGCUAGAAAGGCAGCCAGUGACCAAAAACACUUUCAGGCAGUACCGUGUCCUCGGCAAAGGUGGCUUUGGGGAGGUGUGUGCCUGCCAGGUGCGGGCCACAGGCAAGAUGUAUGCCUGCAAGAAGCUGGAGAAGAAGCGGAUCAAGAAGCGGAAAGGGGAGGCCAUGGCCCUCAACGAGAAGCAGAUCCUGGAGAAAGUGAACAGUAGGUUUGUAGUGAGCCUGGCCUAUGCCUACGAGACCAAGGACGCACUGUGCCUGGUGCUGACGCUGAUGAAUGGCGGUGACCUCAAAUUCCACAUCUACCACAUGGGCCAGGCCGGCUUCCCGGAGGCACGGGCCGUCUUCUAUGCCGCUGAGAUCUGCUGCGGCCUGGAGGACCUGCACCGGGAGCGCAUCGUCUACAGGGACCUGAAGCCGGAGAACAUCCUACUGGAUGACCACGGUCACAUCCGCAUCUCCGAUCUGGGGCUGGCCGUGCACGUGCCCGAGGGCCAGACCAUCAAAGGCCGUGUGGGCACCGUGGGGUACAUGGCUCCGGAGGUGGUGAAGAAUGAGCGGUACACGUUCAGCCCUGACUGGUGGGCACUGGGCUGCCUCCUGUACGAGAUGAUCGCCGGCCAGUCGCCUUUCCAGCAGAGGAAGAAGAAGAUCAAGCGGGAGGAGGUGGAGCGCCUGGUGAAGGAGGUGCUAGAGGAGUACUCAGACCGGUUCUCCACGCAGGCCCGCUCGCUCUGCUCCCAGCUCCUCUGUAAGGACCCGGCCGAGCGCCUGGGGUGUCGCGGGGGUGGUGCCCGUGAGGUGAAGGAGCACCCCCUCUUCAAGAAGCUGAACUUUAAGCGGCUGGGAGCCGGCAUGCUGGAGCCCCCCUUCAAACCUGACCCCCAGGCCAUUUAUUGCAAGGAUGUUCUGGACAUCGAGCAGUUCUCCACAGUGAAGGGCGUAGAGCUGGAGCCCACCGACCAGGACUUCUAUCAGAAGUUUGCCACGGGCAGCGUGCCCAUCCCCUGGCAGAACGAGAUGGUGGAGACCGAGUGCUUCCAGGAGCUGAAUGUCUUCGGGCUGGACGGCUCAGUUCCCCCCGACCUGGACUGGAAGGGACAGCCACCUGAGCCCAAGAAGGGACUGCUGCAGAGGCUCUUCAGUCGCCAGAGGUGAGCAGUUGUGGGCUCCCCGCGGCUUGGCCUUGCUGCCCGGCCUCGGGGAGCCACGGGCAGCCCUUCCAUGGCAGAGGCGAGAUGAGGGUGAAAGAAGUCCGGUGCCCGCUCCCCCGGCCCCCCGCCUCCACUGCUUUCCCUCCUUGCACCCUGGCACCUUCAAGCUGCUAGCCUUGCUUAGCCGUCCUGUUGCCCCACGCCCUGCCUCCACCGGCCACAGGAGAAGGGGCUCAUUGGAGGCUUUGCCCAGCCCCCCCCACCCCCUUACUCCAGUCCCGUCACCAGCGGCCUCUGCACUGAAGUUCACCCACUUCUGGCCGAGCUGCUGCUCCAGGCCUCUUGGUGGGAGGUGUCCCUCCCCCAGAGCUGUGACCCCAAGUGGCUCCCGCCCUGCCGUCACUGGUAGCUAACAGCGCCCGCCCUGCCUCUCUCCCUCCGUAUCUUCCUGCCCUUCCAGGAUUGCUGUGGGAACUGCAGUGACAGUGAGGAAGAGCUCCCCACCCGCCUCGAGCUCCCCGCCCUCCUCGAGCUCCCCACCCGCCUCUAGCCCCCAGCCCGAGGCCCCCACCGGCAGUUGGCGGUAGCAGCUGCUCCGAGCGCUGUUUACAGUUUUGCACAGUGGUCUUCCCCCACCGUCCACUCAAACCGUGGCCUGGGGAACACAGCCUGAGCUGUCCCCGGGCUCCUCCGCCCCUCAGCCCCUGGCCCGGCUGAGUUGGGCAUGGCCUGGGCUGUCCUGGGGACAAAGGUGCGUCCCCUUGGCUCUUCUCUGUGGAGCUCGGGGCUCUCUGUAUUUAUGUACCUGUAUGAAUGUAUAUAGUGACCAGAGCGUUCUGAAUUGCCCAGCCUGGGCCUGGUGCCCCAGCCUCAGUGCCAGCCCCCCCACCCCAUCCCGGGAGAGCCAGGGGCUGGCAGAGGGCCCACUGCCAAACCCCAAGCUCCUCAGGCCCCAAGCUCUGGCCGGGCUGAGGCCGAGCCAGGCCAGGCCCCCUUGCACUGUGCCCGCCGCCGCAGACCUCCGAGUGAGAACUGUGCCUGCCCCUGCUGCCCCAGGCUCGGGCUGCCCCCUUCCUUUGCCGUGCUUCUCAGAAGCUGGAUCUGGGGCCUCUGCAUCCCCUCGGCCUGUGCCAAAGUGGCCAGAGACUGGGCUGACCCUGGGACCCAUCAGUCCACUGCCCAGGCUGUCCCAGAUGGGUCUGCCACUGCCUUCCGGCUCCCAGGGCGCUUCGUCCCUUAUGCUGGGCCUGCCCUGAAGACGCCUCUUUCAGAAAUGCCCCAGCCUGGGCAAUUGGGGGGCAGGGAGGGGGGGUCCCUGGCCAACCCUCAUACAUUCCGGCCUCCCUCGUAACAAUAGACACACGUGCCCAGCAAUAAUCCACUCCUCCGUGUGUGUGUGUGUGUGUGUGCGCGCGCGUGUGCAAGAGAGAGCGUGAUGUGGGGAGGGUGAGGCUGCCCCGGCCUGGCCCUUCCCAAACUGUGAUGGUCAUCCUGGUCCCAGUGCUAGGCCAGCAUGGGAUUACGGGGCCCUGGAUUUCCAUAUUUAAAGCCAAUUUUUAUUACUUGUUUUGUCCAAUGUAAGCUGCCACGUGUCUCUGUGUCAAUACAGUCCGAGCACAAACCCGG